AUGACACAAAUUCCUCGAUCAGCAAUGGUUUACGUUCUAAAUAAAUUUGGACAAAAUAUGUUGCAAAAAGAAACUUUACUCGAAAUUCAAGUUUUAGACGAACUUAUUAAAAACAUAACCGUUGUUGUAGAUGGAAGAGUAAUAAAUUAUAGUAACAUUUGUGGAAUAGUCAACGAGAAAUGCUUUGAAAAUCCAAUACUAAAUUUAAUGCCGGAAAUGGAUAAAUUAAUUUCCCGAAAGAGAAAAGUAAAGUUUCCUGUAGAAAUUGACCCGCUUACAUACAAAACCCAAUACUGGAUAAUCAAUUUUGGGGGUGUUAAAUAUGAUACACGAGGAUAUGUCAGAAAUGUAAAAGCUAUGAGAUUAAUUUAUCCUCUUGAUGAAUCAAAUUCCUCUAAAGAACAGUGGCUCCAAGAAUGGCGAAAAGCAUUUUUGAAAAACGUUAAACAAUUUAAAUUUAAUUUCAUUGAAUUGUAUCCAUGUCCAGUGCUCUCGACUGAGUUAGACAUGAAAUCAAUUGCUGACGAUACGUUAUUUUUGAUUAGUGUCGCCAUUAUAGUAGCUGCUUUAUUUUGUGUAGUGACUUAUACGACAAAUAGUUGGGUAAUGAGUAAACCUUGGAUGGGAAUUGCUGCUGUCUUCUCUGCUGGAUUAGCAAUUGUUUCUUCCUUCGGAUUGAUGAGUUCGUGCGGAGUAGAAACCAUUAGCUAUAACAUUUCAUUACCUUUUCUAAUUUUAGCUAUAGAAAUAGAUGAUUCUUUUGUGAUAGUAGCAAAUUGGAGAGUUACCGAAGUUCAAGACAACGUAGAAGAACGAAUGGGGAAAACUUACUCAAAAUCCUCAGUUUCUAUCACAAUAACAACGUUAACAAAUAUUUUAUCUUUCUGCAUAGCGAUGACUGCAGAAUUUCCUGGUGUGAGGAUCUUCUGUUAUUACGCUACUACUUGCGUGUGCUUUACUUAUUUCUAUCAGAUUACGUUCUUCGGAUCGUGUCUAGCCCUUAGUGGAUAUAGAGAAGAAAGAUGUCUUAAUGCAUUCACAUUUAAAAUGUUAAAAGAAAAGUCCGAAAAAUACACCACCCAUCACAAUCAUGAAUAUCUGACUAUGAAAUUCUUCAGGGAUAAUGUCGCUAGAUUCAUUUCACAUCCUACAAUAAAAAUAAUAAUUAUUUUUAUAUAUUUUUGUAAUCUUGCCAUAGGUAUUUGGGGUGUAACAUUUUUAAAAGAAGGAUUAAACAUUUUUACACUUUAUCCUAAUCAUUCAAAAGUGACAAAAGGAUAUCGAAUAUAUAGCGAUUAUUUCACAGAAUUUUCAUUUUCUGUGCAUAUUGUUAUUAAUAAAACAUUAGAUUAUUCUCAAGAAAAAGUCCAGAAAUCUAUAGAAAAUAUGAUGAUGAAAUUUCAUUCUCAUCCUAAUAUCAUUCCCUCGGAAUUUGAUAUAUCUUGGUUAAAAUACUAUGAAAAGUUUCAGAAUCAUCCAGUAUCUCCGUUUACCAUGAAUGGAUAUGAUGUGUCAAGGAAACAGGAUUUUAUAGACGGUCUUCGCAACGUGUUUUUAAGAAUUGGAGAAGCCAAACAAUUUUCAAAUGACAUCGUUUUUAAUGAUAAUUACACAGAAAUUAUAUGUAGUCGCUUUUUUGUGGGAGCAAAACACGAUCAUCUAAGAGGAACGGAACGUAAAUUAAUUAAUGAAAUGUGGAAAAUAGCAGAAGAAUUCGAAUUUCCAGUUAUAAUACAUUCUUUUUAUUCUUCUGCGAUAGAACAAGCUUUGAUCAUAAAAAGAAUAACUAUUCAACUUUUCUGGCUGACAGCUCUUCUGAUUUUUAUUGUAUUUUUUGCAUUUAUUCCAAAUUUUCUUUGCGCGCUUCUUGUAGGUCUCUCGAUUACUUCAAUAAUCGUCGAAACAUUUGGAUAUAUGUCUUUUUGGAAUGUAAAUCUUGAUGUCAUUACCAUGAUGAUUAUAAUAGUUUGCAAUGGUUUCUGUGUAAAUUAUCCCACGCAUAUGUGUUACGUUUUCCUGACUUCGUCGCAUUCUACAGUUGAAGAAAAGUUAAAAGAAUCACUAUAUCAUGUUGGUUUUCCCAUACUUCAAGGUUCACUGUCCACAAUUCUGGUAUCGGUAAUAUUUCUUUAUAAUAAUAUGUACGUGUAUGUAUCAUUUGUAAAAAUUGUUGUCUUUAUUUCUUUACAAACUCUCUUCCAUUCUAUUUUUGUUAUUCCUGUAUUUCUUAGCAUAAUAGUUAACCUAUUUCAGAAAAAUAAUAGCAAUACUUUGUAAUAAAGUUUAUUAUUGUAUUACAGUGGAAUUGCCAAGAGUACAAGUCUACCCCCCUAUA